AAAAUGGAUUGGGAGCUAUAUAUAUAUAAUAAAAAGAAAAAGCAAAAAUUCAUUUGAAAAGAAUGAUAAAGGCAUUUAUAUGAUUCAAAAAACCUAAAAAUUGCAAAAGAUGCUACAAUUAUGAGCUCAUACAGUCUUAACUUUAGUGAACUUAUACUCAAGGAGCAAAACAAUCAAAAAGUUGUUCAUUAAAUAUUAAUCAUGCUAUCGAUAACUGUAAAAUUAUAAAAAAAAAAUGUUAUUAAUAAAAGAUUUGAAAUAAAAGGAUAGAUUUCAAGAGAAUAAAUUAGGUGGAAGAUGCAUGAUAUAUAGGAUAUAUAUUAUCAUAUUUUUGAAGUAGGAAAAAUAAUUAGAUUAUGA